AAUUAUUAUAUUAUUACAAUGGGGAAUUACCAUAAGCCCACAUAAGUAUGUAAUACUCGCUACUCCCUACUUUUUCUUGGGGAAGCUGUCCUCUUAUGUUCACAUGUAUCAUGCAUCAUUAUAAUAACAACGACAUGCACAGAUGGCAUAUGUUCGAAGGAUAACGCAAUAAACGCCUUAAAUAUUCCUUAAAGGAAUCUUAUUGAAAGCUUACCCUCACAAGAGAUCCCUGUCGCAGGUCGCAAAACUUUCUUUGUUAUCUUAAUCAGUGAUAACAGCUGAUCGUUAUUCCUUAACCUACUCAAUUUCCAUGGCUUCACAACUCACUCAACUUCACUUUGUUUUGAUACCCUUAAUGUCUCCUGGCCACCUUAUACCCAUGAUAGAUAUGGCCAAACUUUUGGCUAACCAUGGCUUGAUUGUAACUGUUGUAACUACGCCUCUCAAUACCCUCAAGUUCUCCUCGACAAUUGAACGUUCAAUUGAAUCUGGUCUUAAGAUUCAGCUUCUUCAACUCCAGUUUCCUGCAAUCCAAGCUGGUUUGCCAGAACGCUGCGAGAGUAUGGACAAGCUUCCUUCCAGGAACUUGAUCAGAAACUUCUUCAAUGCUUCCAGGAUGCUUCAGCAGCAAUUUGAAGAGGCGUUUGAAACUUUACAGCCCCGUCCAAGUUGCUUAAUAUCCGGCAAGAACCUCCCAUGGACGGUGGAAACCGCCAGGAAGUUUGGGAUUCCGAGGAUCUUUUUCGAUGGAAUGGGGUGUUUUUCUUACUGCUGUACUCACAAACUGGAAGUUUCCAAGGUACAUGAAGGUGUCUCCAAGUUUGAGCCCUUUGUGGUACCUGGCCUGCCUCAUCGAAUCGAAUUGAGCAGAGCUAAGCUACCUGAAUCACUCAAUCCUGGCUCCAACGACUUAACAGAUGUUCGAGACAACAUCAGAGCAGCUGAAUUCAUAGCAGAUGGGAUUGUGGUUAAUACUUUUGAAGAGUUGGAAGGUGAAUAUGUGAAAGAGUAUAGAAGGAUUAAAGGAGACAACAUUUGGUGUAUUGGUCCAGUUUCAGCUUGUAACAAGCUGAAGCUGGACAAAGCUGAGAGAGGUGACAAGGCCUCAGUAGAUAACACUGAGCUCUUGAAGUGGCUUGACUUGUGGGAACCUGGUUCAGUAAUCUAUGCUUGUCUCGGUAGCAUCAGUGGCCUCACAUCCUGGCAACUUGCCGAACUUGGUUUAGGUCUGGAAUCAACAAAUCAGCCGUUCAUUUGGGUCAUAAGAGAAGGUGAAAAAUCAGAAGGGCUGGAGAAAUGGAUUUUAGAGGAAGGGUAUGAAGAGAGGAUCAAAGAGAGAGGACUUCUGAUUAGAGGUUGGUCUCCUCAAGUGUUAAUACUGUCUCAUCCUGCUAUAGGAGCUUUUUUUACACACUGUGGUUGGAAUUCAACCCUUGAAGGCAUCUCCGCCGGCGUACCAAUAGUUGCUUGCCCAUUGUUCGCCGAGCAAUUCUACAAUGAAAAGUUGGUGGUGGAAGUGCUGGGAAUUGGGGUGAGUGUAGGAGUUGAGGCUGCAGUUACAUGGGGAUUAGAAGACAAGUGUGGAGCAGUGAUGAAGAAAGAGCAAGUAAAAAAGGCUAUUGAGAUAGUAAUGGAUAAAGGGAAAGAGGGAGAAGAGAGAAGGAGAAGAGCAAGAGAGAUUGGAGAAAUGGCUAAAAGGACAAUUGAAGAAGGUGGAUCUUCUUACCUUGAUAUGGAAAUGUUGAUCCAAUAUGUAUCAGAAAGAAGUCCCUCCAGAGCUUAGUGCCAUUGUUCUUCUUUGUUAGCUUGUUGUAGCAUGUAGCAUUGCACACGUAGUAGAUCGUUGUAUUGUAUAAUUACGCUUUCGCUAGAGAGAAUUUCUUCUGUAAUUUUCACUUCUAGGAUUCAACACCCUUAUUUGCUACCAUCCGUCGGCCUCCUCUGCCUCACUAGGUAAGGAAGGUCUCUCUCUCUUGAUCAUGGAUUUUCCUCUUUAUAUGGUGGUGAAUUCGUUUUUGGGCCUUGUACACACUGCCCUGUCACUCUAUGAGAGCUGGUCAUGCCCGAAGUCCUUACCUUAACCAUAAGGAGAAAGAUGAGCUAGUGAUUGAUUGGAGUGAAGCAGUAACAAGAUAGCCAUAAUGGAAAGUGGAGAAAAAAGCAGAGCGAACGAAGCAUGUCCAAAAGAGUUAGGUUAUGAAUACUUUUGCUUGUUUUAGUUUUGAUGCUUGUACUUAAUCUGUGAGGAUUUGUAGGACUUAGGAGGCUACCUCUCUAGAUUCCAUGCUUGGAUUGUUUCUUUUUUUAGGUUUGAAGUCCUCCAACGAGGAGAGAGGUUGCAUGGGUUUCUGUACGAGCUCUGUUUUUGAAUUCAAAAUACCAUAUUUUCCAGAA